AUGAAUUUAUCAGGAGGCACUUGUACAUGCAAUACUGGCUACUUUGAUUCUGCGACUUCUACAUGCGUAACAAGCUGCGAUUCAACAUGUGAUACAUGCUCUGGAAGCCCAACUAACUGUCUUACAUGCAAAUUGGUAACCAAGAAUUUAUGUAAUAAAUAUAAAAUAACAAAUAUAAUAUUAAAAUCAUGAAUUAAAAAUGACUAUCCAAACUUGGUGAAAAUAAUCUGACGUAGAGUUAAAACAAAGUGAAAAAGCUUCAAAUACAGGAUUAAAUAUUAUAUACUUUUUUGAGAAUAAAUUAUGAAGGAUAGAAAUUGCUAUUUCUAUUUUUUUAUUUUGAGUAUUUAAAUUAUUUAGCGACCAAUUAUCUCACAAUCGCAAAGAUAUUCAGUCUUGAUCCUUCGUUUUGCUUCCAGUUUCUGGAUUUCCCAGUAAUAAUUUCAUUUUUUUCAGGUAAUUUAUCUCUUGUUUUUAAUUUGUUUCAAUCAUUAAUCAGCUGAUCAGCCAAAAUUUUUAUAGAAAUUUUCGUGAUUGAGAGCUACUACUAAGCCUUUCAACUGGAGGUAAGUAGCCAAGCACAGAUCCCACACCCCACCCAACCCCCGUUAUAUAAAUUAUAUAUAUUAAUUUAGAAGCACAUAUUUAUUGUAAUAUAAAAGAAUUUGUAGCCGUGAUUUUGAAUAUAGGUUUUAGCUUGGAUAAUUGGAUUUAUUUUAAAUCUUGCAGUGGAGAUAAAUGCAGCAAACAGCUUGUUUUUAAGAUCUCAAGAUGCCAUUACGUAUUUCUCCCAUGCUACUCUUCUUUAAUCAUUAACUAGUAAGUGCAAAUUAUUAUAUUAAAUUUAAAUUUAUAUUGCUAUUUAACAUUUUUAAAAUUAUUAUGUUUAACAUCGAAUUUUUAUAGUGUAAAAUUUUCUGUGCUGAAAAGUUAUUUUGCAUAAAAAUAAAAUAAUAAAAAAUACAACAUUACUUUAAAAUUUUAUCGAAAUUUUUGAAGUAAUAAAAGUUCCCCUUUUUCUGCACCAGUUUUAGAUUAUAUUCCCUAUCGAUCCGUUUGCGAAAAAAAAAAUUUGUUCGCUCAUGAAAGGUGAUUAAUUUUAUUUUGAGAUUUAAAAAAAUAACAAUCUUCAAAAUUAAGUUAAUUUGCAAAAUUAUGUUUUAAAAUGCAAGCUGUUUAAAAUAUAUGGUAUUAAUCUUUCAAAAAUUAGCCAUUUAUAAAUUUUACAGACUAAAUGGAUUCUUAUAUAAAAAUGAUUUAAUCUGCUAAAAUGUGAGUCUUUCUAAUGCCCAUCAUCAUCAGAAAUUUUGCUCUUCAUUUCUAUAUAAUUUUUAAAAAAAAUUAUAUUAGAAUUUAAUUUUUACAGUUUAAAAAUUCUUUGGGAAAUAAAAACUAAUUUAAUUUAUAGUAUUUAUACCUUAAGCUCUCAAGUCUAUGAAUUAACCUCUCUAUGAGAGGUCAAUAAAUUUUUUUCUCUCAUGUGAGGAAAUAAUAUUAAAAUGCUUGGUCUAAGUAAAGUAGUAUUAAUUUCAACUCAUUUAAUGAGGAGAAUUUUUGAUAUUAAUAAGGCUUUAAAAAAUUUAAAUUUUAUUAUCUUUAAAAAUAUUUAUUUAUUAAUUUGAGUUAAAGAGAAAAUAAAAAAUAGAAUUAUACCAAAAUAUUUUUGUCCUGAAAGCUUUAAAAUACUUUAAAGCAUUAUGCUAAUUUUAAGUUUGUGCUUAAAUUGUAAUUUAAACAAAAUAUUUAUUUUAGGCUUUGUGCAUUAUGUAAUAAGGAAGAAGGAAAAAUAGGCCUCUAUCGAAUUAACUACUAAUUAUUAGAAUAGGUUAAUUAAAAUAACCGAGCAUGCAAAUCCCACGCAACAGUAUCAAAUAACGUUUGCUCAUGCGACUCAGGAUAUUAUGGAACUGCUGAUAAUUGCCAAGUUUGCGAUUCAACUUGUGUUACUUGCUCAGGAUCAGCCACUACUUGCUUAACUUGUAAAUCUCACGCAACAGCAGUAAGCAACGUUUGCUCAUGUGAUUCAGGAUAUUAUGGAACUGCUGAUAAUUGCCAAGUUUGCGAUUCAACUUGCGCUACUUGCUCAGGAUCAGCCUACUUGUUUAACUUGUAA